AUGGAUAUUCAAAAAUUGACUAAUGGUACGAUAAAUUUCGAUCAAUCGCAAAUAGAUGAAAAAAUUAAUUCUAUACUUUCUAGAGUUAAUAAAUUGGAAACAGAUGUUAAAAUUGCUUGGUUGAUAAAAGCAAUAGGUUUUAUAGAUUUAACUUCUUUAGGUGGUGAUGAUACACCUACAAGAAUUGAAACUUUAUGUACUAAGGCAGUAAACCCUCUUAAACUAUCAGAUAACUCACACUUGCAUGUUGCAUCUGUAUAUGUAUAUCCUAUGAGAUUUAUAAAUGCAAGAUCUACAUUAGAGAAACUUGAUAAAGAACAUAAAAUAUCUAGAGCUACUGUGGGUGGAGGAUUUCCAUCUGGACAAUUUCCACUAGAAACACGUCUUCGUGAAGUAGAAAUAGCUGUUGAAUUAGGAGCUGAUGAAAUUGAUAUUGUUAUCAAUAGACCAUUGGCUUUGAUGCAUCAAUGGAAAGAACUAUAUGAAGAAUUAAAAUCAUUUCGCAUUGCCUGUAACAACAAAUGUUUGAAAGUCAUACUUGCUACAGGAGAAUUAGGUAAUUUAGAAAAUGUAUACAAAGCAUCAAUGGUAGCAAUGUUGGCUGGAGCAGAUUUUAUUAAAACAUCUACUGGAAAAGAAGCAAUAAAUGCUACUUUGUCUGUUGGAAUUAUUAUGUGUCAUGCAAUUAAGGACUAUUAUAAGUCUACACAAAGAAAGGUUGGUUUAAAACCUGCUGGCGGUAUUAAGGUUCCACAAGAAGCUUUGGAAUGGAUGAUGUUAGUUCAAAUGGAAUUAGGGAAGGAAUGGUUAUCCAAAGAUUUAUUUAGAAUUGGUGCAUCUAAUUUAUUGGAUAAUAUAGUCGAAUUAAUACAGUCAAAUUAA